AAUAGUCAGUUAUCAUCGAGAUUAGAAAGUAAAGCCUGUGUUUAAAACGCUGUGAGUGGUUUUUGGGCUGUUUAAUAGCCGUUAAGUGCAUUUGGAGCAGUGUAGGGCCGUUUUAAUGCAGUUGUUUUGAACUAGUUACCUGCAGUUUGUGUUGUGAGGAAGAUGUCGGACUUGGCUAAAGAGAAAGCUGCCCGCUUGCUGAAGAAGAGAGGGAGCGUGUCCUCUCUGGGCAGCCAUGAGGUCAGGGCCAGGGAGCCGGUUGGGAAAACCAAGGACUCCAUCAGUACUGUGUCAUAUAUCGAUGAGCCUGGUCACCAUGAUGAUAACCCCCGACCCACAGUGCAGAUGGAGAACACCUAUCAGCUUGGCCCCACAAAGCGCUUUCCUGUGCUGACGGUGAAGGAGAUCCUGAAGGACGUGCUGGCCAGCUACCUGCAGGAGGAGAAGUAUGAGGCAGAGCUGUGCAGACAGAUGACCAAAACUAUAUCAGAGGUGGUGAAGGCUCGAGUGAAAGACAUGAUGAUCCCUCGCUACAAGAUCAUAGUGGUGAUCAGCAUCGGUCAGCUGACGGGUCAGAACAUGCGCAUGGGGAGCCGGUGCCUGUGGGACGCAGCCAACGACACCUUUUCCUCUCACACCUUCAAAAACAGCUCGCUCUUCGCCAUCGCUAACGUCUAUGGCGUCUAUUUCGAAUGAUGGUUCUUGGCUCGAUGCUCAACACGUCGAGCCUGUGAGCAUCAUAACGUUCGUAUCCGCACAACAUUCAGCGGGCUGGAGAUUCUCUAAGGAGUGAGAGGUCUUUAAAGGGGCCCCAUUUUACAUUUGGGCUGUUUGGGGCCUUUAAAACGAAUUUCUUUUAAGUUAGGUCCACUUAUAACAUUUUUAGAGCUUUAUGUACGUGACCAUUUUUCAAAAGGCUAUGCCUUUAAGACUGAUAUAUGUAAAUGACCUCAGUUUUGAUUGGCUGCCCUUAUUCACAAAGCAGUCCAGGCUGAAACACUUCAGCGUGAAUGGGUGGGGCUAAAGGGUUGUAGGCUGGAUGUUCAUGAGUAAAUGGGCUCAUGUUUGUGACAUCACAACCAUGAUGGACUGAA